AUGUCGCUCUACUAUGAGGCGGCAGCCAUUCUAGAGAAUGCUGAAAAGACCGGCGGAUCGCUGACUUCCAGGAUCUAUGGAAAGAAAGGGCUGAAGAGCAAGCCCACUGCCAUCUAUGCUCUGGUCACCGAGGCCACCAAGUGGUCCGCUGUCCUGAAGGAUGUCGUCGAGAACAGUGGGACCCUGAAGCUGGAGAAGAAGCUCACACCUCUUCUUGCCGUCCUCCUCACCCAUGAUCUCCUGGUCUCGAAAGGAGGCGUAGCGGCACCGGCAGCCCACCCGCUCAAACUCGCCAUCACCAGGCACAAAGCCCGUCUGAGCGCCGAGUUCACCAAGCUACGCGUAAAGCGAGGCUUCAGCUCUCUCGACGCCUUCCGCAAGCACAUCAACGCGUGCGCCGAGUCCGGCACCAGCGCCACCUCCGGCGAUGCCUCGUCCACCCCCACCACCAUCACCGAGCACCCGCGCUGGGUGCGGGUGAACGCGGUGCGGACCACGCUGCAAGCCCAGCUGAGCACCACCUUCGCCGGCUACGCGCCCAAGGCCUCGCUCGCGGACGUCAUGGCCGCGCCUGCGAGCGCCAAGGUCCUGCACGUCGACGAGCACAUCCCGGACCUGCUGGCGCUGCCGCCGCGCGCCGACCUGUCGCGCGUCAAGGCCUACCAGGCGGGCGAGCUCAUCAUCCAAGACAAGGCCUCCUGCUUCCCGGCCUACCUGCUGGACGUCCAGCCCGACGACGGCGACAUCAUAGACGGCUGCGCCGCGCCGGGCAACAAGACCACGCACCUCGCCGCCAUCGUCGCUCGGAACGCAGCCGCAAGGCCAGCAGCAGACAGCGACAGCGGGCAUCCAAAGAACACCAAGGGCAACAAGCAGCGAAAGCAGCACAUCAUCGCCUGCGAGCGCGACAAGCGCCGCUCCGCCAUCCUGGAGAAGAUGGUCAGCCUGGCCGGCGCGAACAAGCUGGUAACCGUCAAGCCGCGCCAGGACUUCCUCAACCUCGACCCCACCGCGCCGGACCUCGCCUCCGUCGGCGCCAUCCUGCUCGACCCCAGCUGCUCCGGCAGCGGCAUCAUCAGCCGCGACGACGACGUCAAACUGGUGCUCCCCAGCGCCGCUGCCGCCGCUCCCCAACAACAACAACCGCCAUCCAGCUCGUCCAAGAAGCGCAAACGCAAAGGCACAACCACCACCACCACCACCACCACCGAACCGCCCGUCCCCUCCCCCACCCCCUCAACCCUCUCCCUCCCCCUCACCGAACAAGACGACCCAGAAGACGAAAACCCCACCACCACCACCGCAACCACCCCCCUCGCCACCCGCCUCUCCUCCCUCUCCGCCUUCCAGCUCAAGCUCCUCACCCACGCCAUGCGCUUCCCCGCCGCCCGCAAGCUCACCUACUCCACCUGCAGCGUCCACGCGCAGGAAAACGAGCACGUCGUCCUGCGCGCGCUGCGCUCGCCCGUCGCGACCGCGCGCGGCUGGCGCGUGCUGAGGCGCGAGGAGCAGGUGGGUGGGAUGAGGGCUUGGAGGGUGAGGGGGGAGAAGAGAGGGGACAAGAGGGGGGCGGAUGGUGAUGGUGACGAUGUGGCGGAGUCGUUGGGGUGGAGUGAGGAAGAGGAGGGGGUGGUGAGGGAGGCGUGUGUGAGGGGGGAGAAGGGGACGGGGGAGGGGACGAUGGGGUUUUUUGUGGUGGGGUUUGUGAGGGAGGGUGAGGAUGGGGAUGGUGGUGAGGAAGAGAUGGAGGGUGGUAGCGCGAAUGCUGAGGAGGUCGAUGAGGAGGAGGAAGAUGAGUGGAAUGGGUUUAGCGAUGAUGAGUGA